CCGAAUGAUCCAGAGAUCAUCAUCUCUCCUUUCCUCGCCGUCAAUCGAAACCCUUUUGAAGCUCUGCAAAUCUGAGAUUCAGCUUCAUCAAAUACAUGCCAGAAUCAUCCGUAAAGGUCUUGAGCAAGACCAGAAUCUCGUCUCCAUCUUUCUUUCAUCGUCUCCCUCUCGCUCUUACUCGUCCUCUGUUUUUGAGCGUGUUCGUCACCCCUGCACUUAUCUCUGGAACUGCUUCAUCAAAGGAUACUCCAAUAGGUUUCUCUUCUUCGAGACGGUUUCGCUUCUCGUUCGUAUGAUGAGACAAGGCUUGGCUCGGCCUGAUGAUCAUACUUUCCCUAUGAUUAUGAAAGUUUGUGCUAACAAUGGACAGGUUCGUGUUGGUUCAACGGUUCACGGAUUGAUUGAUUCUUAUCUGCAAGAACGCAUGAAGAAGUAUUCUAGUCAUUAUGUUGUACCUGCUUUGAUAAACAUGAAUGCCAAAUGUGGCCAUAUGGACAGAGCAGCUGCACUGUUCGAAGAGAUGCCUCGGCGAGAUCUUGUUUCGUACUGUUCAAUGAUGGAAGGAAUGGCUAUUCAUGGGUGUGGAGGUGAAGCUGUUCAGCUGUUUGAGAGAAUGUUAGAGGAAGGUAUUGUCCCUGAUAAAGUUGCCUUCAUAGUAAUAUUGAAAGUUUGUGGCCAAGCAGGGCUUGUUGAGGAUGGCUUAAGGUAUUUCGAGCUGAUGCAGAGAAAGUAUUCGAUUGUGGUCUCUCCUGAUCACUAUUCCUGCAUUGUGAGUCUUCUUAGCAGGUCAGGAAAGCUCAAAGAAGCAUAUGAGCUUAUCAAAUCCAUGCCUGUGGAAGCUCAUGCUAGUGCUUGGGGUUCGCUUUUGGGAGGUUGUAGUGUACAUGGGGAUACAAAGAUCGCGGAAGCAGUCGCGAGGCGGCUCUUUGAGCUUGAACCGCAAAGUGGCAGUAACUAUGUGCUUCUGUCGAACAUUUAUGCGGCUUUGGACCGGUGGGGAGAUGUUGCUCAUCUUAGGGAUAGAAUGAAGGAGAAUGGCAUUAAAAAGAUUUCUGGUCGAAGUUGGAUUAGUCGAUACAAUCUUUUGGUUCUUUGCUUUGAGGGACUCGAAGAUAACAACCAAGAAUCAAGAAUGAGGCAUGAGAGAAAUAAAGAUCAUAAAUAAGAUCUGCAUUUAUGGAUUUGAUACGUCUAAGAGCUCACAGUCAUUGGAGAAAAACUGAUCUUCAGGUUUUAAGACCACUUAGAGUCUGAAUAAGUGAAUAUAAAGGAAUCAUAUUUUUUCUAAGACCACUUACAGUCUUUGUUUCAUGUGAAUCUGUAAUUUUAUGGCAAUGUAAGUUUCAUGUGAAGGUUUAAAUCAAACCUUUUUUUGUCUAAGUGAUAUACGUUAAAAUUAAAAAAAAUAGUCAAUUUCUCUAUAAACUAACAAGUUCUUGACAAUUCAUAUAUGACCUAUCAACCAAUGCUAAUAACUAUAUAAACUAUCUAAAAUUUGAAAAAUACUACAUGAACUAAAAAAAAUAA